AAAAAGUACAAGCCCGUCGCCAAGAAGGUCCGCGCAGUACCGGCCACAUUACCAAAAGAAUUCCGGAUUCAGCGUAAUAUCAAAGGGGACCCGUUGGCCGAUAUGCCAACUUUAUCUCCGAAUCCCCCUCCAUUCCAGCCAAGCGGACGAUAUUCACUAGAGCGUAGAAAUGCGUUACACAAGGCCCAUCCUAGUGGAUUCCUGACGGACUCGGAG